GAUGUGACGCUUCUCUGAAAAGCACUUUUCAACACUUGGCGUCCUGACGGUUUGAACUCCCAAUUAACCAUAAAGACGGUCAGUUUGUGGGGAAAGUUUUUGCCUCCAUGUCAGAAACUCUAGUGGAGUUAAGGUAGUGAACUGGACCGGUGAAAGCUACGACAGGUAGAUGAGGAAGAAGUGGGGUUGGACAGUUUUGGCUUCAAUGGCAGCCAUGUGGAUUCCUGUGUUUUCUCUACUGCAGAUGGCUCACUGUUCUGUCACCUACCGACAUACUGCAGGUUCAGCAUUGUUGGACAGUCAGUCAGCCAGCUCCUUCCUGUCCCGCUCACUGCUCUACAACAGCUGGGACUUUGAAGUGGUGGUGACUGACAACCUGGAAAGAGAAUGCAUGGAAGAGAUGUGUAGCUAUGAGGAGGCCAGAGAAGUGUUUGAGGAUGACGCUGUGACGGAAACAUUUUGGAAAAACUAUGUUGAGAGUCACGCGGAUGCAUAUGCACCCAGGGUGGAUGUUUCAGGGCUGGUGGCUGGAAUCCUGGCUGUGGUUGGAUGUGCUGUUAUUGCCACUGUACUGGGGAUCUAUUUCUACAAAGCCAAGAACAAGGGACGAGGAAGUUCAGCCCAAGCUCCAGUGAGGAUGGCAGCCGAUGGACAUCCAGCCCCAGAGACGGUGCCCCUGGCUGGGAUCAUUGCACCAGGUCUGCCCUCCUACAACGAGGCUCUGAACCGCAGUGGGCAGCACGAUGCCCCACCCCCACCUUAUUCAGGGGGUGCACCAUCUGAGCCUGGUGAAGUAGCUGAUACUGAAUGAGAGACUGCAAGAGCAUCUUCAUUUACUGCUGAUGGGCACUUGGUAGUUGGAGUAAACUUUGGAGUAUUGUGUUUUUUCUAGAACCUUUAUGAGUUACAAUACAACCACUGAAUGGCUGCAUAGGAUGUGCAUAUUUCCUGGCUUAGGGUGCAAGACAAGAAUGGGAGGGCUUGGUUUGUAUAAUGUGACUUAUGUUAUGUGCCUUUAGAAGAAAUUUUUAAAGAGAAUAUAUUUUCCCGUGAAUUCCUUUGUGUUUCAUGUCAUUAUUAACA